GGUUAGUCGGAAUACGAGUCGGUGAAAGAAAAUAACGUCUCCUAGUGAUGGAGUGGGGAAACAACAUGCCGGAAGUAGGCUUUCUGGAUACGGCGUUCCAAGAGUUGGAAAGGUAACUGUAAAUCGUAAGGGGGGAAAGAAAAAAAAACGGGAAUUGACGAGAGAAGAAAAAAAAAAGUGGGACUCUACCAAACCGAAUAAGAGUGUUUCGUCUUUUUUUGAUGCGUUUUCCUUCUCGGCUGCAGUUUAAUACAAUGGGAUUACCAGCUCUGGAAUUCAGCGACUCUUUUUUGGACAGUCCCGACUUCAGAGAUCGGUUGAAAUGUCACGAAAUUGAGCUGGAUCGCACCAAUAAGUUCAUAAAGGAGCUGAUUAAGGAUGGCAACAUGCUGAUCAGCGCUCUGAAAAAUCUUUCUGCAGCUGUGCAGAAGUUUUCACAGUCUCUUCAGGAUUUUCAGUUCGAAUGCAUCGGCGACGCAGAAACCGAUGAUGAGAUUAACAUUGCUCAGUCAUUAAAGGAAUUCUCUCAGCUAUUAAACACAGUUGAAGAGGAACGACGACGACUUAUACAGAAUGCUGAUGACGUCUUGAUCACACCGCUGGAGAAGUUUCGCAAGGAGCAGAUUGGCGCUGCCAAAGAGGGAAAGAAGAAAUUUGACAAGGAAACUGAGAAAUACUAUACAUUUCUGGAAAAACAUCUGAAUUUGUCUUCAAAAAAGAAAGAGUCCUUUUUACAAGAGGCAGAUACCCAGAUCAAUAAGGAGCGACAGAUGUUUUGUGAUGCCUCCCUUGAAUACGUCUUCAAGAUCCAAGAAGUGCAAGAGAAAAAGAAAUUUGAGUUUGUUGAGCCGCUCUUGGCGUUUCUCCAAGGACUGUUCACAUUUUACCAUGAAGGUUAUGAGCUGGCGCAUGAAUUUGAGCCAUAUAAGCAGCAGCUUCAGUUCAACCUGCAGAAUACAAGGAAUAAUUUUGAGAGCACCAGACAGGAAGUGGAGAAUCUGAUGCGAAGGAUAAGGUCAGCAGAGCAGGACUUCAAAGCUCCUGGACAGUGGACUAUGGAGGGCUUUCUUUAUGUACAGGAGAAGCGUCCUCUGGGAUUCACGUGGAGCCGACACUACUGCACGUAUGACAAAGAGACUAAGAUGUUCACCAUGAGCAGCUCUGAAAUCAAAUCUGGAAGCAAACAGAACGGACUGGUUCUGAGUCCACCUGAAAUGUUCAAGCUCAAGUCGUGCAUCAGGAGAAGGACAGACUCCAUCGACAAGCGAUUCUGCUUUGAUAUUGAAGUGGUGGAAAGGCAUGGCAUCAUCACCCUGCAGGCUCUGUCUGAAUCCAACAGACGUCUGUGGAUGGAGGCCAUGGAUGGAAAAGAGCCAAUUUACACACUUCCAGCACUUCUGAACAAGAAAGAAGAAACAUUCCUAAAUGAGGCGGGGUUUAACUUCGUAAAGAAGUGCAUUCACCUUGUGGAGACAAGAGGUAUCCAAACGAUGGGUCUGUACAGAAUUGGAGGAGUCAACUCUAAAGUGCAGAGACUUAUGACCUCUGUGUUCGCCGCCAAAGCUCCUGCAGACAUGGACCUUGACCCGGACACUUGGGAUAAUAAGACCAUUACCAGUGGACUCAAAAAUUACCUCAGGUGUCUGGCUGAACCCCUGUUAACCUACAGACUUCACAAGGACUUCAUCCUGGCAGUCAAGUCAGACGAUCAGAACUACAGGGUCUGUGCGGUUCACUCUCUCGUGCACAAGCUGCCGGAGAAGAACAGAGAGAUGCUGGACAUCCUGAUCAAACAUCUGCUUGUGGUUUCCACUCACAGCCAGAAGAAUUUGAUGACGGUAUCUAAUCUCGGUGUGAUCUUCGGCCCUACACUGAUGCGCUCCCAAGAGGAGACCGUGGCUGCCAUGAUGAACAUCAAAUUUCAAAACAUUGUGGUGGAGAUUCUCAUAGAGAACUAUGAGAAGAUCUUUCAUCAGUCUCCGGAUCCCAAUGUACCUCUACCUCAGCCUCAGGCUCAGUCUCGCGCCAGCUCACGCCGCAGCAAAGCCAUCUGCCUAUCCUCAGGCCCGCGCAAGUCCAGAGGCCUGUACUCGCCUGCUCUCUGCUUGGCUGAUGCUGACAGUGACACAUUCAGCAGCAGUCCCAGCAGCACGCCCAUGGGCAGCCUGGAGUCUCUGUCCUCUCACUCGUCAGAGCAGAACGGCUGCUCCAAGGCAGCCUCUCCCUUACGGUCCAAACACAAGAUCUCAGGCAGCCUGUGCUGGACCACUCCGUCCCCGUCCUCUGAUGGCCCUAAGAGCCCAGGUGGCACCACCAGUCCUGACUCCAGCUCCAAAGAGGACGCAGCUAAGACGGAUGGAGAGUGGGAGGAGGCUCUUAGUGUUCUCCCACCAGAGCGAGCUUCUCCAGCUCCGGAGCUACCUACCAGAGCUGAGGAGGAGAAUGCAGAGGUGCAGAGAUCAGGGCACAUAUCCAGCAUGUCCUCCUGCUCCUCCCUCACCUCCCUUCACAUCUCUGAAGGUUUCCGGAGCUGCCAUGGUUCAGUUCAGAGUUUGGUUUCUCGCAGUAACAGAGACAGCCUGAAGUCAUUGCCUUUACCAGACCUCCCUGUUAAAGACACAGGCAGAUGCAGCCUGGACUCAUCAGAGAGCAAUGGAUACCAGAGGCCUGGUUCUGUGGUGGCCUCCAGAGCCGCGUUGUUCGAGAGCCCUGUGGUCUCCCAGCCGGCCGCUGCUGGAAGGGAGGCCAAAGCCAUGUAUUCCUGCCAAGCCGAGCACAGCCAUGAGCUCAGCUUUCCUAAGGGAGCUGUCUUCUACAAUGUGCACCCAUCAGUGGAACCAGGGUGGCUCCAAGCUACAUAUAAUGGCAAGACUGGACUCAUCCCAGAGAAUUACGUGGUGUUCCUAUAGCCAGGCCUAAAAGCAGACAUAGCAACUCCAUGGUAUCCAUGGUGAUCAUUUCUCCAUAAAAGGACCAUUUUGUACAUUCAUGAUAUGCAGUAUGUGAAUAGUUUGAAUAUGUAGUUCAAAAAUGGUUAUAAAUACAACAUUAACCACAGAGUGUAAAUGUGUGAUGUAGAUAUUAGAAGGUUUCUAAAAAAUAAUAAUAAUAAUAAUAAUAAUAAUAAUAAUAUUUUAUGUUUCUUACUGCUAUGCCUUUGGCUCUGUAAGUCCUAAGGUAGAUUAUUUAUAGGUGGUUAAUAACGCAGACUGGAUCUGACAUGUUGAACUGAUCAUGUGAGAAACAUUGACCUGUCAUAUACUACAGGUCUGUGCUUCUUAUACUUUAGUUCAGUUUCUGUGAUGAAGGAGAACAAUUAACGUACUGAUUAAUGUGAUGGUACAUGGCAUGCUCAUAGAUUUGUUUUGUUUUUUUUUGUUGUUGUUGUUGUUGUUGUUUUUUAACUUUUCCCCAUAUAACUUAUCUUUGAAUGUAUUUUUUUUUUUUGCAUAUCUGUCCCUGGAGUCCAAAACGAUUUUUGGAGUGUGUCCAAAACAUUUCCACGCCAUUCCAUUAUACAUGUUAAUUUUCCCCCCUUUUUCUUCUUAGCUAUGCCAAACGGUAAAACAAACGUAACAGAUGCAGGACAUCAAUGAUUAGAUCAUUUGUUCCUUAAUAGCAUUCAUCUACAGGGUGUCACAAAAGUCUCCAUACAUAGGGGAUUAUUCAUGCCAGCAUCAUGUCGGUUAUGCCUUCAUCAGUGGAUGUUCAUGGACGUUCACUUCUCGGUUGGUCUGCAACACUUCCUGUCUUUUUGAAUGUGAUAAUAAGUUUGGGAACAAUGUCGUGUGUGAUGUGCUUGUCAUGUUUCCUGUUAAAGGCCAUCGCAACCUUGCGACAGCUUCCUGAUCCAGCCAUGAGAAUGAAUUCAAUAAGUUCUUCUUUUGUCAAAGGCAUUACUAAAGGCUAUCUGAAAAAAAUAUAUAUGAUAGAAAAUAAGUAUAAAGAAUAUGGAGACUUUUGGGACACUCUGUAGAAAGUCUCAGUAUUAAUGAUCCAUUAAAUCAGUGCCACCUGUAAUGACGUGUGCUCUGAGAGGAAUAGUCCUGUUAUGUAGCUGUAAGUACUAAAUAUAAAGUGCUAAUAUUACAUUUACAUUUUACAGUUAUAGUUACAUGGCUUUUUCUUUCAUAGACAUCACAUGUCAUCACACCUUUUUUGUUGCUAUUUUUAAUUUAUUUAAAGUCCAUUUCUUACUGUAAAAUGUCAAAUGUAUGCUGUCAGCCCUGUUGAUGUCCUAAUACAUGUUGUCUUGUGCUCAUUGAAAUGGCACUUGUUUCCUUAACAGUUCUGCUGUAUUUCAUUUCACACUGGUUUACCAUUUCAAUGUACUUUUAUGCACAUGAUCAGAAGAGCAGUGGUGUAGGGUACAAUGAAGAGUUUAAUUUCCCCCAAAUGCCAUUCUUAUUGCCCCUAAAAUGGCAAAAUUAUCAUUAUUAAUAUUACCUCAUUGUCCAUUCCAUAUUGACUUCCACAAAACUCUUCAUUAUGCCCACCAAUAGGGCAUGACGUAUUUUUUUUUUUAGAUAUUUUGUUGAAUGUGUUAACCUGUUCGUACUAAAGUCUUUUUAGGAGUCCUAUAUAAUUCACCCAGAUAUGUGAACGGUUUUUUGUUGUUGUUGUUGUUGUUGUAGCUGCGCUGUUAAAGUCUUCAAAGUCACUUUUGUGACAUAACUUUAAAUGUUUUACAUUCUAAUAACUUUAAAACUUUUGUUAGAAUCACUUUUUAUUUUACCAAAAAUAUAUUUGGUAGACAACAUUUUGCUCCCCUUUUAAAGCACAAAAUAAUCAGAUUUAGUAUCUGCAUUUACAUGAUAAUUAGAUAAUUAGAAUCUGUAUUUACAUGUCCUUUUGAUAAAUAGGUACCUAUAGCUAGCUUCCAUAAAGGAUAUAAUAGGUACCUAUAGCUAGCUUCCAUAAAGGAUAGCGCAUUAGCCUGCUAACUAUGAUAACAAAUUAUAAAUUGUCGUAGUUUCUUAUAUUACACAUUUAACAUGUAUUAAAGGGACCGGUGGCCUUUUGGCUUGAACAACCAGUUACAGAAAUUCUUCUAAAAUUGUUUUAUAAAUUGUUUCAAUUC